UGUGGGCGGGGCUAAGGAGUGACGUAGAGGGAGGCGGGGCCGGGCGCGCCGCGGGGGCAGCCGGGGUUCCCUCGCGAUGGCCGGCGUCUUCGACCUCGACCUGGAGACGGAGGAGGGGAGCGACGGGGAGGAGCCUGAACUGGGGGGCUUGGACGUGGACCCAGAUCUCCGCUGCAGUGGCCCCGAUCAGGUGCCAGGAUAUUAUGAAGAAAUUGAAAUCUCUGAGAACAUUGUCAACAAUGGCCCGGAGCGCAUUGGACCCCACUGCUUCGAGCUCCUGCGUGUUUUGGGCAAGGGCGGCUAUGGCAAGGUAUUCCAAGUACGGAAGGUGCAAGGCACAAAUGCUGGGAAAAUCUUUGCUAUGAAAGUGUUAAGGAAGGCCAAGAUUGCCUGUAAUGCCAAGGACACAGCCCACACAAAGGCUGAGAGAAACAUCCUGGAGGCCAUCAAGCACCCAUUCAUAGUGGACCUCAUGUAUGCCUUCCAGACUGGUGGCAAGCUCUACCUCAUCCUGGAAUGCCUCAGCGGCGGGGAACUGUUCAUGCAGCUGGAGCGCGAAGGCAUCUUCUUGGAGGACACAGCCUGUUUCUAUCUGGGCGAGAUCACUUUGGCCCUUGGCCACCUCCAUUCUAAUGGCAUCAUCUACCGAGAUCUCAAACCGGAGAACAUAAUGUUAAACAGCCAAGGACAUAUUAAGCUAACGGACUUUGGUCUCUGCAAGGAGUCUAUUCAUGAUGGAGCUGUUACGCACACCUUUUGUGGCACCAUAGAGUACAUGGCCCCAGAGAUACUGAUGCGCAGUGGUCACAAUCGGGCAGUGGACUGGUGGAGCCUCGGUGCUCUGAUGUACGACAUGCUCACUGGCUCGCCUCCAUUUACGGCUGAAAACCGCAAGAAAACAAUUGACAAAAUCCUGAAGGGGAAGCUGGUGUUUCCACCCUACUUGACGCCAGAUGCUCGUGACUUGAUUAAGAAGUUCCUCAAAAGGAAUCCCAGUCAGAGAAUUGGAGGUGGACCAGGUGAUGCUGCAGAUGUUCAGAGGCACCCAUUCUUUCGACACAUUAACUGGGAAGACUUGCUGGCAAAGACCAUUGAUCCACCCUUCCGACCAUCCCUGCAAUCGGAUGACGACGUCAGUCAAUUUGACACCCGUUUCACCCGUCAGACCCCUGUGGAUAGUCCAGAUGAUGGCUCUCUCAGUGAGAGUGCCAAUCAAGCCUUUUUGGGAUUUACUUAUGUAGCCCCAUCGGUGUUGGAGAGCAUUAAGGAAGGUUUUUCCUUUCAGCCCAAGCUGCGAUCACCACGGCGACUCAACAGCAGCCCCCGCACACCUGUCAGCCCAUUAAAGUUCUCACCCUUUGAGGCCUUCAAGCCAAGCACAGCAGUGGAACUCAUGGAGCUGUCUGCACCCCCUCUCGUGCCUGUACCAGAAGUCACUGCCCCAUUACCCAUCAAAACACCUUCUGGCAACAAAAAGAAGAAAGGGCGAGGACGGGCAAGGUAGCUGGCACACCAAAGAGACCAUUGGAUGGACCGCUUGCCUGCCUGCCUGCCUUGCGGAGUGGGACGCUCUCUCCUUGCAUGGGGUGGGGAUUUUGCUGUUCCACUGUGUAUGCAAAUCCUGACGGGGAGCACAUUUCCUCACCAUCCACACACACACAGGGCUAGGACCCACUUCCCACCCCAGCUGCCAAGGCCUGUGUGGCAUUGGUACUUCAUCCAUGUAAGGAAUAAUCCACACUGAACUGGAUUAAUGAACUAAUCCAGCUCAGUAUAUGAUAAAUUAUGAUAGGAAUCAAAGGAGCUUAGGAUACAUAAAAGAGACUAGCAAUAGUCUCCUUCCUAGGCUGCUGUCCUUGUAAGAAGGUGAGUGGGGAUAGGGAGCGCAUAGCUUUUGUAGUCACAGCAAGGGGAUUGUCUGGUUUCCCUCAGUGCUACUGGAUCUGUGCCAGUUCAAGGUUUAACAGCUUGUCAAGCAAAAAAGUAACGUUGGCAGGGCAACAUGAUCCAAGAGGUUGCUUCUGUGCAGAAUUUGGCCCCCUCCUGGGAAACAUCUUUGCUUGCCUUGCUUUUUUCCAGCAUCCACCCAAGUGCCAAAAAGGACGUUUCCCUCCCUUUACAUCUCGCUGCUGCAAGAUACUGCAAUCCUACAUAUUUGGCCUUUUUUCUUCACCCCCUCAGUGUGUUUGAAUCUGAACUUGUUACCAAGGAAAUCGUGGUUGGACUUAUGCUCAGAAAAUGAGCAGCUUCUUGCACAUCUUAAGUGACUGCUCACAAGA